UCAGGCAUGUGCGUCCGCUUGCCGCCAUUUUGAAACUCUGUGACCGUAUGAAACUGACGCUCAGUAUAAACAAGCAAUUUAUGGAAUAACAAGGAAUAAUUGCGCUAUUUUUAAUAUCUGUAAGCGGUUUGGAUAAGGGAAGAUGAGUGAUAUAGAUCCAAACAAGCUGAAAGUUGUCGAACUGCGCGAGGAAUUGAAAUCGCGUGGGUUAGACACCAAAGGAACAAAACCGGUAUUGGUCAAGCGUCUGAAGAAAGCGUUAAACGAGGAAAAAGGCGGAUCGGUUGCUGAUGAAUCCACUGAUUCAAUUGCGGAUGAUUCACAAGAAUCGUCUACAUUAGACGAUAGCACUGCACAAGAAUCACCGACAAAGAAUGAUCAGACUGAAAAUACUUCACAACAAUCAGCGGAAGAAUCUGUUGAGACGCCAGCAAAAACAGAGCCUGAACCAGAAGUUCAGCCUAAACCAGAUGUCACAGAAGAAGUAGCACCAGCUCAGGCAGAGCCUGAACCUGUCGAAGUGGAGCCAGAAGUUGAGUCCAAAUCAGAGCCAGUGAAAGCUGAACCAGAGCCGGCUCCAGCUGAACCAGAGCCGGCUCCAGCUGAGGAACCAAUGUCAGCAGAUGCGGAAUCUGCAGAAGUGAAACAGGAAGAGGAAACGGCUAAUGGGGUAGACGUCAAAAAAGAAGCCAAAGAUGAGGAAAUGAAAGCUGUGGAAGAACUCUCAGAUGAUGAUGAAAAGAAAAGAAACAGAAAAAGGUCAAGGAGUCGAUCUCGUGAGAGACGCCACUCCCGGGAGGACAGACACAGAUCUAGGUCAAGGUCACAUGAGAGAAGAUAUAAGAAAAUAGAAAUGGAGGAUGAUGCAUGGGAGUCAUCAACUGAUGUUCUACUGGACAGAUUUAAUGCUGACUUGAGUCUGAAAGUCAAUGAGAACAAUUUGUCUGCUUCCCCUUUUACGGAAGGAGGAUUUGCCAUGAUGUGGACUGGAGUCCGCGCAACCUAUGGGGUCAAAGCAGGAAAAGUUGCAUAUGAAGUGAAGUUGACAGAGAAUUGUGAUGUGAGUCAUUUACCAUCCGAGGAGGUUCAUCCUAACGUGCUUCGGGUCGGCUGGUCGGCAAAUUCCACUUCUAUGCAGCUAGGAGAGGAAGCCAAGUCAUUUGGGUAUGGUGGCACUGGAAAGGCUGCCACAGAGUGCAAGUUUGAAGACUACGGACAGCAGUUUACUGCGGGCGAUGUUAUCACAGCUUAUUUGGACUUUGACCAGGAUCCUGCUGAUAUUUUCAUUUCAUUUGCCAAAAACGGAGAUGAUCUUGGAGUUUGUUUUCCCGUCAAGAAAUCCGAUCUAGAAGAAGUGGCAUUAUUUCCUCAUGUUCUUACAAAAAAUGUUGCAUUUGAGUGCAAUUUUGGGGCAUUGGAGGAGCCAUGGUUUCCAUUGAAAGAAGAAUUCACAUUUAUUGGUAAAGUCCCAUUGGAGGAGAGAGUGCGCGGCACAGAACCCCCAGCCAAGAAGGAGGACUGUGAGGUGAUCAUGAUGAUUGGACUUCCUGCAUCAGGAAAAACAACAUGGGCUGAAAAACUCAAGGCUAGUCAGCCCGAGAAAAUGUACAACAUUCUCGGAACGAAUCUCAUCAUUGACAAAAUGAAGGUGAUGGGAUUGCCAAGAAAGAAGAACUAUGCUGGGCGAUGGGAUGUCCUCAUUGACAAGUCAACCAAGUGCUUAAACAAGUUGUUGGAGAUUGCUGCUGGAAAGAAAAGGAACUACAUCAUUGACCAGACAAAUGUGUACGCAUCCGCCCGAAGACGUAAAAUGCAGCCUUUUGAAGGUUUUCAACGUAAAGCAGUUGUGAUUGUUCCUACUGAGGAAGAUUAUAAAACUCGAUUAGAACUGCAAGGAAAAGAGGAAGGAAAAGAUGUACCUGAACACGCCAUUCUUGAAAUGAAAGCUAAUUUCUCGCUGCCAGAGGAGGGUGUUCUGUUUGAUUCCAUCGAGUACGUGGAACAGGAACUAGAAGCCACCAAGGAACUUGUGGAGAAAUACAAUAAGGAGGGGAAAGACAACCUACCCCCACCACAAAAACGCUCCAAGUUCAGUGAUAACAGACAUGAUCAGAUUACAACUGUGAACCGUAUGGGAGGUCGGGAUAACCGCAAUAGGAGAGACAACCGCUACGGCAGUGGUGGUGGUGGUCACGGCGGGGGUGGCGGAUGGCGAGAUAAUCGGCACCAGGGGCAUGGAGGAGGACGAUGGGGAGACAGGCGCGGGGGAGGAGGCGGGGGUGGACGUUGGAAUGACCGCAGUGGUGGCUAUGGAGGCGGUGGUUUCAAUCGUGACAGAAAUGAUCGCCGCUGGUCCGGGGGAGGGGGAGACAGAAGAGACAAUAGGGAUCGUCAAGGUGGUGGCAGAAACUUUGGAAGUGGUGGAAACAAAUGGGGAAACCAAGGAAACAGAGGCAGAAACUGGGGCAGUAACCAAGGAAACUGGAGUGGUAACCAGGGAAACUGGGGUGGUGGUCAAAGUGGAAACUGGAGAAACCAGCAGGGAGGGUGGAACCAGGGAAACAGUUGGGGGAACCAAGGACAGUGGAACCAGGGCUCCAAUCAGGGAUACGGGCAAUGGAACUAUGCUCAGACUGCGGGGCAACAACAGGCAGCUGGUCAGCAACAAAACUGGGGAAACCAGCAGAGCUACUGGCCUCAACAACAACAGCAGCAGCAGUACGCCACCAAUCAGCAAUACCAGCAGUGGUACGGCCAACAGGCUCAGCAGAAUUACUCCACCAGCGGGGGUGGGGCCGGUGGCACCAAGUAGAUCUCUCCAGGACUGUGCGGGCAGCUUACUCUCUGUGUUGUUUUCAUUGUUAGGGAGUCCUAGUCUCCUCUGUAUAUACAGUAGACCCAUACUUCGUUGUGUCACUUGGUACCUAUAGGGAAGGAUGAACUCGUACAUUUAGCAUGCACUCCACUUCUCAUUCUCUCAUUGGGUCAUUUAUAUAUUGCUUUAUAUUAUCAGGAGAUCAACUAUUGCUCUGACAAGGGAAUUGUCUGGCAUUCUGAAAAUUUUUAAUCAUUUCAUAUAUUCUCUGAAUUAACAUGUACAUCAUCAAUUUGAAGAAAAAAUUGUAAUCUUAUGUUUUUGAAAUGUUUAAAAGAAUAAGAAUUCACAUUUUUGACAAACCAUAUAUAUUUUGUUUUGGAGUGUAUCAUAUCAUAAUACUAAAUACUUGUAAUAUGUUUUCCAUUUUGUACAUGUUUCAUAGCAGUUUUAAGAGUUUUAUAUAACUUAUCACCUUGCAUUGCAUUCAGGUGAAGUUUUUUUUUUAAUGAUUUUUCAUGAAGGCAAUGAUGGUGUAUAUAAUGUGCAAUUGCCUUGAUUGAGCAAAUAAAUGUUAAAAUGGCAA